AUGGCUGCUUCCGAGGUGAAGACCCAUAACCCAGAAUCCUCGGAGAGCGUGGCCUCUGAGCAGCCGUCCUGUGAGCUGAGGGAGGACGUGAAGGUGGAGGAGGAUGAGGAGGGCGGUGAUGAAGAGUCCCAGCAUGAUCCACACUUCAGUCCCAGUCAGGAGGACACAGCGGACACAGCGGACAGCAUCAUAGCGACAAGUGACAGCGCCGAGCAGAGAGUGGCGGCGGGCGUCAGAGUGAAGAAAGUGUAUGAGUGCGAGGUGUGUUUAAAAAGCUUCGACCGGCCAUGUCGGCUGCAGGUCCACCAGAGGAACCACACCGGGGAGAAACCCUUCGGCUGUCCCGACUGCCACAAACGCUUCAAGAGUAAGUCGCUGCUAUCGGCUCACCGGCGGACGCACGGCGGCGAGCGGCCCUUCUGCUGCCACGAGUGCGGGAAGUGUUUCCUGCAGCGGCAGGCGCUGGUGGAGCACAUGAGGACACACAGCGGCGAACGGCCCUUUAACUGUCAGGUCUGCAGCCUGCGCUUCUUCGCCAAGAGCCACCUGAAGCGCCACCUGCUGACGCACAGCGGCGAGCGGCAGCACCAGUGCGUUGAGUGCGGGAAGUGUUACCGCAGGAAGGAGUACCUGAGCAGCCACAUGAGGGCGCACAGCGGCGAACGGCCCUUCAGCUGCAGGGACUGCGGCCGCAGCUACAAAGAGCGCAGCCGACUGCGGCUGCACCUGCGCACGCACACCGGGGACAGUAAACGCUACACCUGCACGCUCUGUGGGCUCAGCGUUGUGUCGGCCAAUCACCUGCAGCGACACAUGCAGACGCACAGUGGCGAGCAGCCGCACCGCUGCCCCGACUGCGGCAAACGCUUCGCGCGCAAAGACAAGCUGAAGGAGCACAUGAGGGUUCACACAGGAGAGAAACCGUACCAGUGCUCCCAGUGUCACCUGAGCUUCAGGUGGAGGGCGGCGCUCAACGCUCACAGCCACGCCCACUCCGAGGAGCAGGAAGCCCUCUGAUUGGACGAGACGCUCUGACUCAACAUCCUGCUUCAAAACUGUGAAUCUGAUCAGUUUAAAUUAUUGAUCUGAAACAACAAAAUUUGACAUCAAAGAAAAUCAAUCAGCAGAUAAUUGAUUAAUCGAUUUAAUCAUUUCAUCAGUGAAUAUUUACUGAUUUGCUGCUGAUGUCACAUGACAGGAAACUACCGGACGGACCAAACACGUCACCUGACUCUCCUCUUAACAUUUUCACUAUUUUCUGACAA